AUGUCGAGCAAACGUGCCAAGGGAAAGACCACCAAGAAGCGCCCACAGAGAGCCACCUCCAAUGUCUUCGCUAUGUUUGACCAGUCUCAGAUUCAGGAGUUUAAAGAGGCUUUCAACAUGAUCGACCAGAACAGAGACGGCUUCAUCGACAAGGAGGAUCUGCAUGACAUGCUGGCCUCUCUGGGUAAGAACCCCUCUGAUGAAUAUCUGGAGGGGAUGAUGAGUGAAGCACCAGGGCCCAUUAACUUCACCAUGUUCCUUACCAUGUUUGGAGAGAGGCUCAAUGGAACAGACCCUGAGGAUGUCAUCCGCAAUGCCUUUGCCUGCUUUGAUGAGGAGGGAUCUGGUGUGAUCCAUGAGGACCAUUUGAGAGACCUGCUGACCACCAUGGGUGACCGCUUCACGGAUGAAGAAGUGGACGAGCUAUUUCGGGAGGCUCCCAUUGACAAGAAGGGCAACUUCAACUACGCAGAGUUCACCCGCAUCCUCAAACAUGGUGCCAAAGACAAGGAUGAUGAGUAGAGGGAGAAAACGACUGCCUCUGGCCCCCUGCACACAUACUGCACCACAAAUCUAUCUCUAGGUCCGGUCUUUGUGAACCUUGCAGAUCUGAGGGAAAAAAAUAGGAAUUCAUUUACAAAUGCAGUAAAUCAAAGAUUUUUCUUUUAUAAAAUGCAGAAAUAAGUUAUUGUACAUUUAGAUACGUACAUGUUUAUCAAAGGUAGCAUCUCCGGAGUAAUUUGGGAUCCACUCUUUUUUUUUUUAUUUAAAUCAUCAUUCAAGAUUUAUAUAUUGCACCUUAUAUUUACAACUCUACUGUGGCUUUAUCUGCCUUGACUGCAGUUUGUCUGGCAUUUGUCGACAGCCUGGUUGGACUUUGGAGAUGCAUUAAGCGCAGAUCUGUGUGUGCAGGGGCUGUUUGAAGUGCUUCUUACAUUAUCAGCCAUGUUUACCUCUUCCUGCCAGUUAGCGACCACGCCUGCGCAACCGCUGCAACAUGUCUUCUCCUCUGUAAUAUAUGCAUCCUUGUGAUGAUGAAAAUGGAUAAAGAAAUUGGCCGUUCUUCAUUUUUAUUUGGUUUGGACAAUCAAAUGUGGUGCAACUGUUUCCUCUUGAUGAAAUUGUUACUAGAAUUGACUAAAGUGAGGUCAUCCUCCUGUCAGCUGGUUGUGUGUAUUUGUUGAAGGAUCAGGAAUGUCUGUGUUGUUUGAAGGAAUUCAGUCUGGAAACCUCUCAGGCAAAUAAAGUAAGUGGAUAUGUG